AUGGCGUCACUGGUAAACACUGGGUAUUUCCAGACCCUCGAAACCGUCAAUGAAAGCCAAGUCAUCAUCCGAGACAAAAUAUAUGGCGAACAUAUAAUUACUGAGCCAGUGCUCAUCGAACUUCUUCAAAGCCCGGAAUUAUUUCGUCUCAAGGGUGUCUGUCAGCAUGGGGUCACCGCUCUCCUUGGCUUCGGCCCGAUAGUCACCCGUUUCGAGCACUCCGUCGGUGCAUUUCUGUUAGUCCGAAAAGUCGGGGCGACCGUGCAGGAGCAAAUCGCUGCGUUGCUCCAUGACAUCAGUCAUACUAGCCUGAGUCAUGUUGUGGAUUUCGCGCUAUCCAAGCCUGGUGAGGGCAGUUACCACGAGGCCCACAAGCACCGGUUUCUGAAGAGAACCAACCUCGAUCAAAUUCUCGCUCGGUACGAUGUCAAAUAUUUGGAAGCGUUCGACGAGGAUUUAUUCCCUUUAGUCGAAAGGUCAGCUCCCCAGCUCUGUGCCGACCGGCUUGACUACUCGCUCCGUGAUGCAGUAGCCUUUGACAAGCUCAGUCUUUCAGAAGCCCAGAAGGUCUAUACGACACUCAAGGCAUAUCCAUCAGCUACUGCAGAUAACCGUUUGCUCGUUCUUGAUGAUGCCCAUCUCGCGUUAUCCCUUGCUCGAUCAUACUUGGCGACGGAUCGAGACGUCUGGUCAAAUCGUGCCCAUGCCGACAUCUAUAAGCGUACAGGUCAGAUUAUCCGUGAGUUGGCGGCUUCUGGACAUGUGGAUGAUGAUGCGCUCUGGACUCUGUCUGAUGAGGAUUUUUGGGCGUUGCUUCGUCGGAGUGCGACUCCGGAGAUCUUGUGCGAAAUGGACAGGCUGGAAACGGAAGGACUACCCAAUGAGGAUAAUUUAUUCCUUCCUGCGGCCGCUAAGAUCCGGACACUCGAUCCUGAUGUUUGUCAAGGUCCAGACAUGGAGCCGCAACCAUUGUCGAUGGUUCUUCCGGAGUGGGGUGUGGCGCGCACGGAAUACAUUCGCAGUCGCGAGUUAACGCGAGACCCUCAAUGCUGUAUUGGCGCGUCUUAA